CCAACAUGGAGAAAAGCAUGCAGUGUUCUAAGGGAUAAGAUGCUGUGUUCAUUGGAACAGAAGAAUACGCUCCUUCUGUGUAGCUAAAUAUAGAGAGCCCAUCACUGAAGAGGUAAACCAAAGAUUUGAUAAAACUAAACCUCGUAUGACAUUUCCACCAUAUGCUCAAGCGGCGUAUGUACACUCAACUCUAACCCACCAGUAGAACAAGUAUAACCAGUCACAUUCCCUAGAAAAGUCAGAAGAAGCCCAUAAUAUGCUUUUUCUGGGGGGGGAAAAAAAAAGAUUAAAAUAGAUGUAAAGAAAACAGUCAUAUCUACUUUAUACUAUAUUAUAUUUUUUUAUAUAUCAUUAUUGUGUAUUAUAUAUUUUGUAUAUACAUGUAUCUAUACAUACAUAUACAUAAAUGUAUUUAUUUCAUAUAUAAAUACAUAUAAAUUAAAAUGUUCAUAUAGACCUCCUGAGAGGUAAAGAUUUGUAGCCAAAACUUGCAAAAUGGAACAAACGAAAGGGUACGGCGAAUGCCAAUGGUAUGAAGCGGAAGCAUUUCCAGCCUCCCCCCUCUGCUCAACUUGAGAUGCGCCAUCCAAACUGUCUACAUGUUGAAACAGGUCUAGUGGGCAAAGUCCCUGGUGUUCUGUCCUUCCGUCAGAGAGUGGAGUAGUUUCAUCCACAGCAUACAUAUUGUACGAGUCCAACGCCAUGACGUUCUGGAAAAGGUAAAAUUACGGAGGCAGUAAAAGGAUCAGCGGUUGCCAGGGGUUAAGGUGGGAAGAGGGAUGAAGAGGCAAAGCACAGAAGGUAUUUAGGGCAGUGAAACUACUCUUUAUGAUACUCUAAUGGGCGGGGGGCGGGGCGGUACAUGGCAUUGUACCUUGUCCACCCAUGGGAUGUAUAACAGCAAGAAAGAACCCUAAAGCUAACUGUGUGCUUUGGAUGGUACAGAAAGCAAACAGACACAAUCACCAUGCAACAGGUCAGCCACCUGUACACCAGCUACCAGAAGCAAAAAAGAGGCACCAAGCCAGGCAGCUCACACCUCACUAAGAUCCUCCUUCAAAAGGAAUAAGGAAAUACAAGGACAGAGAGGACAUGUUACAUCUGGAACACUCUUGCUUGUUUUUCAGGAGCUGGCUGGCUCUGACAGUCAGUGUGCUUCUGGAUUUGAAGCCCUCAGCUUGCCGCAGUCUAUCUGGUUCCCGUCCAAAUAUCCUUCUUCUGAUGGCAGACGAUCUCGGCAUUGGAGAUGUCGGCUGCUAUGGCAACGACACCAUAAGGACUCCGAACGUUGACCGCCUUGCCGCGGAUGGCGUGAUGCUCACCCAGCACAUCGCCGCGGCUUCUGUGUGCACGCCAAGCAGAGCCGCUUUCCUAACAGGCAGAUACCCUCUCCGAUCAGGUAUGGUGUCCAGUAAUGGUUACCGUGUUCUUCAGUGGACGGGCGUAUCUGGAGGACUUCCACCAAAUGAAACAACUUUUGCAAAAAUAUUGAAAGAUAAAGGCUAUGCCACUGGACUCAUAGGAAAAUGGCAUCUGGGGCUCAACUGUGAGUCCUCCGAUGAUUACUGCCACCACCCGCUCAGCCACGGCUUUGACCAUUUCUACGGAAUGCCGUUUUCCAUGAUGGGAGACUGUGAGCCCGGGGAAAUGUCUGAAAAGCGCGCAGGCUUGGAGCAUAAACUCAACGUGUGCUCGCAUGUCAUGGCGUUGGCCGCCUUUACACUCACCGCUGGGAAACUCACUCGCCUGGUAGCGGGCUCCUGGACUCUGGUCAUCUGCUCAGCCAUUGUGGCCCUACUGUGCCUCACGACCUCCUAUUUCAUGGGUGCCCUGAUUGUUCACGCCGACUGCUUUCUGAUGCGAAAUCACGCCAUCACCGAGCAGCCCAUGUCCCUUCAAAGGACGACGGCUCUUAUACUCAAGGAGGUCUCAUCCUUUGUCAAAAGAAACAAGCAAGGACCUUUCCUCCUCUUCGUGUCCUUUCUACAUGUCCACACCCCUCUCAUCACUACCGAGAACUUCCGAGGGAGGAGUCCCCAUGGGCUGUACGGGGACAACACAGAAGAGAUGGAUUGGAUGGUGGGGCAGAUCCUUGAUACUUUGGACACGGAAGGUUUGACCAAUAGUACCCUCGUUUAUUUUACGUCGGAUCACGGGGGAUCCUUAGAGGCUCAGUUUGGAAACAAUCAAUAUGGUGGCUGGAAUGGGAUAUAUAAAGGUGGCAAAGGCAUGGGCGGCUGGGAAGGUGGGAUCCGGGUCCCAGGGAUACUCCGGUGGCCCGGGGUGCUGCCCGCUGGCCGUCUGAUCCACGAGCCCACCAGCCUGAUGGAUGUCUUCCCCACCGUGGUCCAGCUGGGGGGUGGCCAGGUGCCCCAUGACAGGGUGAUUGACGGCCGGGACCUGCUGCCCUUGCUCCUGGGGACAGCCCAGCACUCGGAGCACGAGUUCCUGAUGCAUUACUGCGAGAGCUUCCUGCACGCAGCCCGGUGGCACCAACGGAACAGAGGGGCAGUGUGGAAAGUCCACUACGUGACCCCGAUGUUCCACCCAGACGGAGCCAGUGCCUGCUACGGGAGAGGGGUCUGCCCAUGCUUUGGGGACAAAGUAGCCCAUCAUGACCCACCCUUGCUGUUUGACCUCUCGAGAGACCCUUCCGAGGCUCAUGCCCUCACGCCAGACACGGAGUCCUCAUUCCAUCAGGUGAUGGAGAGAAUCACAAAGGCCGUGGAGGACCAUCGCCGGACGCUCAGCCCGGUUCCACUGCAGCUGGACAUGCCGGACAACAUCUGGAAGCCGUGGCUCCAGCCCUGCUGUGGUCGGUUCCCCCUCUGCUGGUGCGAUCGGGAAGCUGACCCAUAAUAGCCGCCCGCCGGAGAAAACUAGGUCCCUGCUCCCUAGAGAUCUCCGUUGGGGUCAAAAUAAAAUGGCCUGAAGACAAGCUGUCUGCUUGUGUGGGGCUGAAUCCUUUCACCAACUCUAAAGAGAAAGUGUUACCGAAUUCAGGUUCAGCUUCUCACCGCUCAGGAAUACAAUACUAAAUUGGUACAAACGAACUUAUGUACAAAACAGAAAUAGAGUCACAGACAUAGAAAACAAUAUUUCUGUUACAAGCGGGCAAAGGGGGUGGAGGGAU